GCCAAAUCAAGUCAACGCGCAAGUCAAACGUCACUAACAAAUAAGUACAAUUACAACAUUUUGAUAAUGUGAAUCAAUUGAAUAAGCUAAUAAAAGAAUAAAACAGAAAAAUGACAGAAGAUCAAGACGCUAAAGACUCCCAAUCUGAUUCGGGUAGCAAAACAUUCGUGAACAAAAAUAGAGAAACUAAAAAAGCCAAAACCCAACGGCCUCUAACCAAAAUAAUAUUUCGACGAUUACCUCCUACAAUGACGGAGGAAGCAUUCUUGGAUCAAGUAUCACCCAUACCAGACCAUGACUAUUUCUAUUUUGCCAAACCCGAUCCGUCCCUCGGUAGUAAUGUUUAUUCCAGAGCUUACAUAAAUUUUGUUAAUGUUGAUGACAUUUAUCUCUUUAGAGACAAGUUUGAUGGAUACAUCUUUGUGGAUGAAAAAGGGCUUGAAUAUGUUGGAAUAGUAGAGUACGCCCCAUUCCAAAGAAUACCCAAGAAAAAGAAGAAAAAAGAUCCUAAAUGUGGAACUAUUGAAAGCGACCCAAUUUAUCAAGAUUUUAUAGAGAAUCUAAGCAAAGAACCUGAAACUGAGAACCAACCUAAAUUAGAAUAUUCAUAUCCAGUUAAUGACGGUAAUGAUAAAAAAGCUCAAUCAACACCUUUGCUAGAGUAUCUCGCUGCUCGGAAACUUGACAAACGUGGCCGGGAUGAAAGACGCAGAAGAGAAAAUGAUAAAAGAAAAAUGAGGGUCGAAAGAAAAACCAAGGAUGGUACAAUUAAGGAGGAUGAAGUAGUAGAUAACGAUAUUAAGAAAAUAAAAUCCAGGGAAUGGGAAAAAGAUAAAUCUGUGACAGAGUCUAGAGAUGAUGAUAUCAAACAAGACACUAGAGAUGGGAUUGUGUUCGAGUCUAGAACAUAUCGCGAGCAACGUAAACUGAUUGGUGCAGCACUUGUAGACAAAAAGAAAAAAAUGGACGGGGAUAAAAAGGAAUUAGCACCAAAAGAUGAUGAUUUGCCGGAAGAUUGUGACAAGAAUUUGAAAAAAGAUAAGAAAGAUAAAUUCAAAGAAUCACCACGUGACCAAAAGAGCAAAAAAUAUAGUGAUACAAGAAAAGAGAGGAUAAGCAAAACUGAAUUUUCUAAAACCGACAAACAAGCAGUUAUAAGCAAGAUGUUGUUGUCGGAAAACAAAAGUAAAACUCACAAUUAUGACGAUAUCAAACCUUUUACUCAACUUCCUCAAGUGAAAACUGAUGAUUUGACUAGAAUUAUUGAUGGGAUGGAUAAGAAAGUUAAAUUGGAUGAUUCACAUGACAAUAGAAAAGAAUCUAACCAUAGUACUGAUAGCAUUGGUAUUAUAAAGCAAAGAAGAAAUAGUUUGGACUCUAACGAUGUACCAAUGAAAGAAGAAUCAACAUUAAAGCGUCAGAAAUCACUUGACUAUAGAGGUAAAUCUACUGACAGAGAAGAAUCUGAGGAAGUAGACAAAGGAGAAAACACUGAACGUCGCGCUGAACGGAGAAUUAGAAAUAAGGAUCGCCCAAGCCUGGUUAUAUACCAGCCAGGAAUGGGUAAAUUCAGUAAACAACGUCUUGCAAAAGAAACACAACCGAACACAACAAAAUCAUUGACCGAUAGUGAAAAGAAAGACACUUGAGAAAACUGUCACAACACCCAAUAUUUGGACAACAAUCAACGGAAUUACCCUGAAGCUGGCAUUCAAUACAAGUCAUGCAGAAAGAAGAGGGACCUUUGAAUAUGCCAACUGACGGACGGACUGUCCCUGUUUAUUCAGAGCUGUUAUUCUUAUUUGUUCAAUUUACACGCGAUAUGAAAUUGUUGAUUUUUUUUGUCAUAACAUUUUAAUCAUGAAUUUGACCGCAUUGAAUGCUUCAUACUAUUAGCUUGUGAAAUUUAGUUUGGUUUGUUUUAUUUCAUUUAAAUAUAUUUCAUUUUAAA